GCAGAACGUCAACAACGGCAUCAUCUUCUUCAUGCCGCCCAUGACAUUCGCCGUCGACGUUGACGCCGACGCAAUGGUGAACUCUCCAGCAGCAGAGUCCACGCGCGCACCUGUUCAAGAUGCGCCUGGGCCAGUCGCGACCAAGAAAAGCAAACAAACAGAGACCACUGCUGCUACAAGUCGUUCAAACCGCGUCGCUGCACAGACCGACUUGAGUUUUCCGGAUACCGCACCAGAACAACGCGCCAAGAACACGACUGCCCCUGCAGAUGUCAAGUCCAAUGGCACCAAGUCUGCUGUUUCCAUCGCUCCAGUCGCACCUCCGAAGAAGAGAGGACGCCCACCCAAGUCCGCCGCCCCGACUGCGGCGCCUGGACCUGAUCAACCGGGUGAAGGCACUCCUGUCCCUGCCAAGCGGGGACGGGGACGUCCACGAAAAGACGCCAACGCCACGCCUACCGCGACCAAAGUGGCUCCUGUUACUGCACCAGCCUCUGCUGGGGUUGUCAAGCGGGGCCGAGGACGUCCACGCAAAGAUGCGAAUGCCUCGCCUGCCGCUGCCAAAGUGGCUCCUGUUGCUGGGGCUGUCAAGCGGGGCCGCGGACGUCCACGAAAAGACGCCACCGCCACGCCUGCCGCUACCAAAGUGGCUCCUGUUACUGCACCAGCCCCAUCUGCUGUCACUGCCAAGCGGGGCCGGGGACGUCCACGAAAAGAUGCGAAUGCCGUACCUGCCCCUGUGAAGGUGGCACCCAAGGUUACUGCCACAGGCAAAAAGCGCGGUCGCCCAGCCAAGGAGCCUCCCCGCGAAGAUCAACCUCCCAAGAAGCGUGGCCGACCAUCACGCGCCAGUGCCCUCGCUGAUGCCGUGCCACCCGAGGGCGAGCAGCCACCGAGGAAGCGCGGUCUGCCUCCGUAUGGCGGUGAAACUACGAAGAAUGACGCCGAAGACGAAAUCGCUGCGGAGCAGCUUGAAGAAGAACUGAUGGACGAAGCUAACGACGUGGCUGUACCUGCGACUGAGCCCGCCAAGCGUGGUCGAGGUCGUCCGCCAGGCAAAGGAAAGCAAGCUGGUGCCGCUGUUGUCGCCGACGCCACGUCUACCUCGGACCAACAAUUCUGGCUCAUGAAAGCUGAGCAGGAAGGACACGAUGAGAUUCUUGCAAAUGGAGACGUCUACAACACCAAGUUCACGAUCGAUGACUUGCGAGCCAAGACAUCUCCGGAGCCAUGGGAUGGCGUGCGGAAUCCCACAGCGGCGAAAAACAUGCGCGCAAUGCGGACUAACGAUCUGGCCUUCUUUUACGCGAGCGGUGGAAAACCAGGUAUUGUUGGCAUCAUGGAGAUUGUGGGUGAAGCUCAGCCGGAUCCCACUGCUUCGGACAAGAAUUCUUACGGCUACGUCGCGAACGAAGCACAACGCAGCAAGUGGUGUGUGGUGCAUGUCGAGUUCCGAAUGAAAUUCAAGAAGCCCAUCACACGAACUCAACUCGUUGCAGCCCGAGAUGCCGGACCUUUAGCCAACCUUCAGGAAUUCACGGCAGCGCGCUUGAGUGUCUCGAAGGUGUCCAAGGACGAGUGGGAUUACAUCAAUAGCCUCGUCGAAGGCUCCGAUGACGAUGAAGCUGAGAACGGUGAGAAAGGACAGGAUGAGCAGAUGAAGACCAGAACCAACGGCAGUAGCGAGGCGGUGGGCGAGGAGCCCAAGACAGAAUCACCAAGUCUGUCAGUAGGGCUCCUGGCAGAAGAUGGCACACCCACCACGGAUGCCAUCGUUUCGACGGUCGAUGAUCUUCCGACAUCGGUAUGAGCUGCUAUGUCGUCGAGACCGACCUCUGGCGGACGUGGGACUGGCUCGGUUUCUUGAGGUCUUGCCCCCUAGGCCUCUCCCGGUGAUGGUAUUCGUAGCAAGAUACCACAGCCAGCAAUCGGAAGUGCGCAGGUAGCUACUCAACCAUCAUCCGGCGGCCUAUAUAGUCGACAGGGCAUGUCGCAGAAGGAUCGACAUACCUCCUACUUUGCUGUCUGACUGUCCAGUUUUAGUUUUUUCUUUUCGUCCUUUUACGAAUCCAUGGGAGGGGAGCAUGGACACGAUCAGCGACCAACGAGAUGGAUGGUUCUAUUAUACCCUGGUAGCUAGCUAGCUAGCUAACUACAUAUCCCUACCUGAGCUUGGGGGGUUUCUGCUCUGCUUUGCUCUGCUCUGCUCGUCUGCAGGCAAAGAAAUC